AACCUCGUGCCAGGAGCCCGGAGUCCGAUAGAGAACAUGAUGCAACUUGCCAACUCCCUGAUUUACCCAAUUUGCCAACUGAGCUCCCUCGUUCGCGUGCAUCCUGAAGCUUCAACAAGACGCGUGCCUUUCACCGACGACCGAGUCCUCUCUCCCGUACCAAGGAUAUCUUUUAAGUCUUUCUCCUCGUUAAAUCGAUGCACCAGGAGGGUCGGGUUUUGAGGUAUCUUUCGCCUUGGGAGUUCCAACCUAAUUCUUUUGUUGUUGCUAUGUGAUGGCCGGUGGUACGACAACGUACUUCUGUCUUUCCUUAGCUUCGAUAAGUCCUGGAGAAAGGUACCAUCCCGAGUUACCACGGAGUGUCUCAAGAUAGUCUGAAACACCUUUUCGUGCUAAAAUCUCGACAAUCGCUUGGGAUUAUGUCACCAGCUCGGGUUGAUGCUCCCUUAUCGCAAUCCAACGGUCAAUGUUCAUGCACCCAAAGUAUGCCCUCCAUGACCAAUCCGUUCUCGAGAAUUGCCCUACCGACUGUUGACCAAGUCGUGGGGCUUGAAUCAAUGGAUCCUGUGGCUGCACCUUUCAAUCCGCUUCCCGCUGAUGGAAAACCCGAUGUCUUUGAGAAGCAGGAUUCAAUCAAGUCGGCCAAUGGAAAUAAGGAACAGGAUGAACUUCUACAAAUACAAGACAAAAGCUGUUUGGAACGCUUUGAUGAUCUUCCUAUUGAAAUGAUCAGCCUGACUGAUAGAUUUGUUGAAUCCUUGAGCGCUAAGGUCUACGACACUCCACCUUCAAUAGACAAACUUUCCAGUUUAUUUCAGGACUUCUAUAUUCGUGCUUCCUCGCAUGUUGAGACUCAUAUUUCAAUUUUAGCGUCUCGUCUUCGCCGUGGUGAUUCUCCGUCUCCCAGCCGUUCCCAAAGCAACUCCAAAUAUUCGUUUACGUCGAAAAUUGCUUCUUCCCAAAAAGGAGAUAGAAGUAGUUCCGGUAAAAUAUUUGGGGAACAGCAAAUGCUUACGGCGACAGAGGUCACUGAAAGGCGACGAACGCGAAAAUUAUUCCAAUACAAGCGCCAAGCGUUAGAAGAAGCCAUAGAAAAACGUGCGUGUGAAUCCGUCUAUGACAAAAUCUGGCGUCAUAGAAGUACGCUAGACGAGGUAAGGGAUGAGAAGUUACGCUCCAAAACUGCCGCCUUGGCCGUCAUAGGGUUUGGUUUGAAAGAUCUUGGGGUCGAUAUCGACGAUAAGAACGAGGAAACCACACAGUCCGAUGACUGGCUUGCAGCUGCGCGUCAUAGUCUAAUCCAGAUGAACGAUGCAAAAUUUCCCUUAGGGAAGCUGCAGCAUCUCACUACGGCUCACAAGGCCAUUGUCGACAGUUUAACGAGAGUUUUGCCUUCGUCCUCCUCAGCCGAUGAAAUUCUUCCCACACUCAUUUUCGCCCUCGUCACGUCGCCACCGGAAGGAAUGAACGUUAUCAGCAACCUCUUAUUUAUUCAACGGUUCCGCGCUGCCAACAGAAUUGAUGGGGAAACUGCAUAUUGUCUCACAAAUCUGGAGGCGGCCAUUAGCUUCUUGGAGAACGUUGAUCUGACUAGCACGGAUGAAAUACGGAAUGGUACUCUGGUCUCGACUACUUGCGACCUGCCUCCUGAAACCGGCGAUCUUGUACCACUUCCGUCGACUACAAUACGUACAGUCCCUGACACGGAGCGUGAUGUCUCUUCGUAUCUGAAAACAGACACCCUAUCGAAGUCACAACUAGCAGUGGCUCCACAUCACCGUCUAAGCAGUAUUUUCCAGCCUCCGGCAAAAGCCUUAGGGGCGGCAAAUGAUAUAGUACGCAAUACCGCUGAUCUAGGUAUCAAAAAUAUUAGCAACACACUUGACAACAGUUUCAAAUUUCUGUUUGGCCGACUGAAGGAAGUACAGGUUAAACAAGGAGAAGGAACAAAAGAUGUUGGCCUAGUGCCGAAAACCCUUGAUGACGCCCGUCGAUUAGUCAAUAAUCCAGUCGGGGUAUCGGGUGACUUCCCCUAUGCAGACGGCCCUGCCAAAUGUGAUAACAGUGCCAGAGAAUCAGCUUCUCCAAGACCUCGACUCGAUGAUAGGUUAGCUAGCCUUAUUGCCGGGCGGAAGCCACCUAGCGACCGCACUGUUCGACCAAUAGAAGCGGACUCGGAUGCUUCCAACCCUAGUUCGAGCAAGCCUUCAACGCCCAGUCUCGCCUCGUCAAACGCUCAAACAUCUAGCCCUGCCUUUGGCUCGAUGAGAAGUUUUGGUAAUACCCUUAAUCCUUUGAACCAUAUCCCUGGAAUGAUCCGUGGUUUAAGCAGGAGUUCAACGGAAUCCAGUCAAGUUAUAGGCGUUCCGGAAGAAAGCUCCCGAUUAUCGGAGCGACAACCUGGAUUUGGAAAAGAAAAGGUUUCGAUUGCCGACGUGGCUCCUCCAAUAAAGAGAUUCAUGGAGCUCGAAGAUGCUGCGCAGCUCACACUUGGAGAAAUCCCAAAGCUUCUUGAUGACUACAAACGAUUGGCGUCUGUUUUUAAUAACUUCAGGUCAGAUUGAGCCUGCACCUUUGUACUAUCUCUCGCUGGCAAUGCUCAGGAGGAAGGAGACUCCCUAGGAUGGAUGAUACUUUGAUGGUUGUCUCCUACCCAUUCUGAACACUUUUUCACAUCAAAUUUCGUGGAACCUGCAAAGAAAAAAUAAAUUGCAGGUUAGAAAGGAUUGGUUGUCGCCCUUGAUUCCUCCUCACAACUGACAAUUGGACAACAAUAUCCAUAAAAGUAGUGAAUCUUCUGGGAGGAUCGCCAAUGUCCUGGAGGAAUACAGUCUAUUAGUUAAUCAUCCCACGUCCCUAGAUAGGCUGGGCUUGUUUUGCCUAUUUUGAUAAGCUUGCCACCCCAGUUUCACUAGCUUUUUACUCUUCUCGAAUACUUUGUUCGGGUAUGCUUUCAAAAGA